UCCUCCUCCUCCUCCCGCCUCAGGUUUGUCAUCGUGUCGCUGGCACGGCCCGAAGGAGGAGGAGGAGGAAGAAGAGGAGGAAGAGGAGGAGGGAUGAGAAAGCCGCCGCUGUUGCAUCCGUGACGGGGGCCUAGAGAGCCCACGCUCGGGACUGCCCCUUUCCCACCGCCGCGAACAGGCGCUGCUCGCCUGGGGGAAGGGCCAGAAGGAGGAGGAGGAGGAGGACGGCGGCGGCGCUGUGUGUGUGUGAGAGCGUGGAGAUGAGCUCAGCUCUGUGCCCUGGAGCCGCCUGAGGAGACCCGGCUCCGUCCCUCCUUCCCUCCCUGCCCGCCGCCAUGGCUCACUCCCCCGUGCAGACGGGGCUGCCGGGGAUGCAGACUCUGAAGGCAGAUCCAGAAGAACUGUUUACAAAACUGGAGAAAAUUGGUAAGGGCUCUUUUGGUGAAGUUUUUAAAGGAAUUGACAAUCGGACUCAGAAAGUUGUUGCUAUAAAAAUUAUUGACCUAGAAGAAGCAGAAGAUGAAAUAGAAGACAUCCAACAAGAAAUCACAGUGCUGAGUCAAUGUGACAGUCCAUAUGUAACUAAAUAUUAUGGAUCCUAUUUAAAGGAUACAAAAUUAUGGAUAAUAAUGGAAUAUCUGGGUGGAGGCUCUGCCCUUGAUCUCUUAGAACCUGGCUCACUUGAUGAAACCCAGAUUGCUACAAUAUUGAGGGAGAUCCUCAAAGGACUCGAUUACUUGCAUUCAGAAAAGAAAAUCCACAGAGAUAUUAAAGCUGCUAAUGUAUUGCUGUCUGAACAAGGAGAAGUAAAACUAGCAGAUUUUGGAGUAGCGGGACAACUAACAGAUACACAGAUAAAGAGGAACACCUUUGUGGGAACACCAUUUUGGAUGGCACCUGAAGUAAUAAAGCAAUCGGCGUAUGAUUCAAAGGCAGAUAUUUGGUCAUUAGGCAUAACAGCCAUAGAACUUGCAAAAGGAGAGCCACCUCAUUCAGAAUUACAUCCAAUGAAGGUUUUAUUCCUCAUUCCUAAGAACAAUCCACCAACGCUGGAAGGAAAUUUCAGUAAAUCCCUCAAAGAAUUUGUUGAAGCCUGCUUAAACAAGGACCCAAGCUUUAGACCUACUGCAAAAGAGCUCUUAAAACACAAAUUCAUUUUACGAAACUCAAAGAAAACUUCUUAUCUGACUGACCUCAUUGAUAGGCACAAGAGAUGGAAGUCUGAACAAAGUCAUGAUGACUCCAGUUCUGAUGACUCAGAUACUGAAGCAGAUGGUCAGGCUUCAGGUGGGAGUGAUUCAGAGGAGUGGAUCUUUACAAUAAGAGAAAAAGACCCCAAGAAUCUAGAGAAUGGAGCAGCCCAGCCUUUGGAGUUGCAAAGAAACAAGGAAAAGGAUAUCCCAAAGAGGCCCCUAUCCCAAUGUCUGUCUACGGUUAUAUCCCCUUUAUUUGCAGAGUUGAAAGAAAAGAGUGAAGUGUGUGGUGGUAACACAGAUUCCAUAGAAGAACUGAGAAAGGCUAUUUAUUUAGCUGAAGAGGCUUGUCCAGGCAUUGCAGAUAACAUGGUGUCACACCUUGUGCAGAGGCUUCAGAGAUAUUCACUAGCUGGAGGAAGUUCUUCAUCCUACUGACAUACUCUUCCUGACUUUUCUAAGACAACAGAGAUCCCACAGUGUCUGCAUUGAAGGCACACACUCUGAUGUUAUUCUGCCUUUCAGUCUCUGGAAAGUCCUUUGGUGGAAGGACAUUCCUAAAUGUGCAGGAGUGAAAAUCAAGUAUUUUUGAGGGAGGCAGUCUUUUUCAGCUCCUUAUAAAGCUAUAAUUUUUUAAAAUGAUAAUGCACAUAUUCCAGGGAGGUGUCCUUUUGUAAAAUCUGAAAUGUAUAUCUAGGUUUGUGAUAGAGAAAAUGAAGAUAUUGAGAAACCUCAGGUAUCUUGCUUUAAGAAUUCCAUUGGGAGAUGGAGCAUGGUUGUUGGAAUUGUGUACAGAUAUGUAUAUAAUGUCUUUUUUAACGGAAAGCCUUUCAAUGUGCAUAAGGAAUCACUGUGUACAAAAUGGUAAAGUGCUUUUGUAGAUAAUGUUAGUGGGGUAAAUAUUUGACAGGCUAUAAUUGAGUAUUGCCUUGCCUUUAUUACAUGUAAAGUUUGAAUUAUGUGAUAAGUGAAUCUUGGUUUGAUUUUUGUAUGUGAAGUAUUUGCCAUUGAAAGAGUUAAUCCUGUACUAUGGAAUCUUCUAUUCGUACCUCAGUACAGACAUAAUUUUAUUCCGUUUCUCCAAUAUUUCAUCCGUUUUAUCUAUAUUCUGAGCUUGGCUUUCUAAUAAUGGUUGUUUUAAAUUUCAUACACCUCGCCUCUUGAAGCUUUAAAUUUAAAUUAUUUGUUUUCCUAAAGAAUGAGCUCUUUCAUAUUUUCGGUUUUAAAUUGUGCCAAUGCAAAUUCUGAACCCUAUCUAUUGUUCAAUUUUAGUAGCAGAUAUUUGUGAAGCUUGUGAAAUUCAAUCUUUUUUUCACCUGAACAUGUUUGAAUGCUCGCACAAAUAAAUCUUUAUUCCCUUCAUCUCUUCUGAAAUAUCUCAUUAAGGUGUUGGCUCUGAGGCAGUGGCAAGUAUUUCUUCAUCAUGCCUAUUUUUAUCAUUAAAAUUAAUGUUUUGCAGCAUAGAAGAAAAAUUAUCCACAGAUGCAAUAUUCGGUCUCGCUGCCUCGAUCUGUGAAUCUCUUUACCAAAACUGACAGACGUUGGACACAAAGGCUGCAAAACUGAGCCCAAGUGUUAUGUGCUAGUCCUUGUGCUAGCUUGCUUACCCAGAGAAGAGUUACUUCUUGAAAAUUCUGAAUUUUGUAAUUUCCACUAUUCCUGUAAAGGCUUUUAGAUAGCUGACAUCAGGCUUUGUAGAUCUUGGAGAUAGUAACAUUAGUUCAUUAGUUACAUGAACAGUUGAUUAGGUAGCUGCUAUUUUUAUUUUUUUCCCCCACAGUAUUAGUGUGAGGUUUACCUUGGUUUCUUUCACCAAGACUGUAUUCAGGUGCUUCUUAUUCCAGUAGCUAAGAGAGCAUUUUUGCCUUCUUUUUAAUGAAGAAUUUGACAAUUUUAUGCUUUGCAUGACAGUGAGGACAGUGAGGCAACUUACAUCUUUAAUUCAUUUUCUUUUUCCUUCCUUUUUUUUUUUUUUUCUUAAUAUAGAUAGGAGCUUUGGAACAGAAAGGAUUAACAUUGAAAAGUAUUGGCAUAUAUAUCUGCCUUGAUACAAAAAGGCUCAGGUUUGCUAAACAUUCUGGAAGCUGGUGAGGUCUCUUGGCAGGACUUCAUAUCUCCAUGGUAGCCCUUAGUCUAUGCAUAUUAAUAGCCUUAAUUUAUUAAUUUAAGAAUUUAACAGUAAGAGGACACUGUCUUGCAAACAGAGCUAGGAAGCUUCUGCCCAGGUUGAAACAAGCUGAAAGAAAUGAGUGAAUGUGUGUGUUCAUCUUGUGGCCAUGCUCUUGGACACAGUACGUUUGCCAGCUAAUGAGCUAACGGCUUUCCUUUAUGACUAAGGGAAUUUAAGAUAAAUUGAACAGUGCAUAAAUUUGAGCUAUGUUUUAUAACUCCUCUUUGUUUAAUAUCUUUAAUUAUGUUGGUUUGUGUGCUCUUAAGUGUUAAGGAUAGGCUCACCUUUGAGGAAACAAAUUUAGCACUGCUAUUGUGAAAUGUGCAUCUGAAUAUGGCACAGUGGGAAAUUCACCUGUUGAUGUCUCAAUAUUAGAACAUUCAGCCCUUCAGUAGAUCUGUGUGCUGUCACAGCACAUGGAAAUCAACAGGUGUGUUUGCACUGGAAAUACAAAUUGAUCAACAUAAGCUAUUCCCUAGUCAUCUGUUAAUGUAAGGACUGGAAAUUAAAUUAAGCAAGCUUACUUGGAGAUGGACAGAACUCUGAGACGUAGCGAGGAAGUUAAAUUUAUGGUUCUGGCUUGAUUGUUAAGGGUUAAGAAUUUCUCAAUCAGCAAAUUCUAAGGUACGCUUUUUGAACACUCAUUUGAAAAGUUAUACAUAGAUGCUUUGAGUUACAUUUUAGUUGUGUUCCAGGACUGUAUGUUGAGGAAAUACUUCUCUGAGUAGAUGGUGGCAGAAUUUGCUUGAUGAAUGUGUUGGAGCUUAAGAUGAGUAAGACCUGCAGUGAGGGCAGCUGGCCAAAAGACUUGGGCAUUUAGAAGAAGACAAGACCUCAUUUAUGGUAGAGAUGUGUAUUUUUAUAUGUAAUAUAUAGAUUAUUUAAAUAUAGACUAUCUUAAACUGAGAUUCACUGAAAAAACAAAUGUGCUGUAUCUUGAAUGUAGAAGUACAAUCAAUUGCUAUUGAAAAGUAUUGGUGCUUUAAAAAUCAGGUCUAUAUUAGUAACAGAAAAGAAGCUUCAUUUGAAAGAAGCACCGCUUUGGUUUCUCAGAGAAAAAGAAGUAUAUUGAUAUUUUUGAGAGGUUGUUUCAUUCUAAAAACAUGUCUGUGUUACAAUGUUGCACUGAUGAUUUUUCUGUGCAGGUAGUAUUUCAUGCAGUCUUGACUAUACUAAAUGACAAGCUAUCUCUAUUUAUGCAAACAUUUAAAUUAGUAGAACUGCUUAUUUGUCAGGGAUUUAAUGAUUAGGCAGUAAAUAAACUCACUGUUUAAAAACAAUAAAAUCAGUUAUUUGAACUGAAGGCUUGCUUUUUUGUAAGUAUCAGAUGUGUCAUCUAUUUUUUAAUCUUAUUUUCCUUGCAGUUGCACUUUAUAGUUGAUGGCCAGUUUACUGAAGGAUGACAGUAUGAUCACUAGUGCACAGAAUGCUUUUGGUGUAAUAAUGAAGCAGUUCCUUCUCCAGGUGCCACAGUUUCUCUGCAGCUCCAAACAUUCUGUGUGUGCCUGUGUGGGUACAGACAGAUGAACCAAUUAUUACGGAACAGACUAAGUGGGGUGUUUUUGCCCCUGCUGUGCAGGAGGGGCAGGUGGAGGGGAAAGGUAGGGCUGGGGGCAUUGGCACUUCACUGAAAAACAGCUGGCACUGUGCGAGUUCACAUCCUACUGUAGCCACCGUCACCCCUUCUUCUGUCUUUUAAUAUGCUUUUAAUGUACUUGUGCAAUUUCUCGCUCAGCUCUCAGUACUUUACGUGACGUUCCGUAUUAGUUUUUAAACAAUGUGGUUUGUAGUAGUUUUACAUUAACCUUACUUUGAAGGCCAUGCAUUUUUGCCCUCAGAAAAUGUCACCAUUGGAAUAUUAUCUGCAGUGCUGAUAAGCACAGGUGUAAAUCAAGGAUCAGGGCAAUCACUAAUCGUUUUUGUAAGCUGCUGGGGAGGAGCUUAUGGUAUUAGCACAAACCUGCUUGUUGUUUUUAACUGUGUUUUGCAUAUGUGCUAGUAACUGCACUGAGCACAUGCCAUAGACAAAUUGCAUGUCAUGGUUUCCUGCCACCAUUAAAACAUGAUUACAGAGGGUGAUGAAAGUGUAUAUCUUGUUUUCUGUAAUGCUGCUGCCUGUUUAUAGCAGUGUAUUUAAAUUUUACUUCUGUCACUCUACACGAACAUAAUAAACCUCCUCAUAAACUACAUGACCU